AUGGUUAACCAGUCCGAGCUGAAGCAGACUCUCACGCCAAUUCUCCUCGAUGACGUCCAUACCUUAUGGUUUGAUCAUCUGGAGAGUAAAGAAGCUCUCAUCCUACCAAAGAUGAGCGACAUGGGUCGGUGGUUUACGCGCGAUCCCGAAUUCGACAAGGCUUGCGUCACGAAAUUCCGCCCAGCUCUGGAAACAAUUGUUAGCUCCGGAGCAUCUGCUUUGGAUAUAAUCGCUGCGGUGAAUCCAUCGUCCCCAAUGGAUUGGAUUAACAUGAUCAUCCUGGUAGACCAGAUGCCUCGCAACUGCUUUCGAGGAGACGAAUCAAAACUGGUCUUUAAAAACUUUGAUCCCUUGGCCGAGAAAAUUGCCCUACAGGCACUAAAAGAAGACAUCCCGAUUCAGUCCUCUUACUUCCGCUUUCGAUUAACUUAUCGGACUUGGUUCCAUUUACCCCUCAUGCACUCCGAAAGUCCGGCGGUUCAUGAGAAGGCUAUCCAGGUGCAUGCGGAUACAGCUAAAGAUAUGGAGGGAUUUGUGGCUAGGGACCCGUCGACACUAUCUGAGGAAGAAAAGGAAUGCUAUGAUGUUCUAUCCAACCAAAUAGAUGCUGUCAGGGACUUUUUGAAGAUGAAUGAUGAGUUUGAGAAAAGGCAUAAGGUCAUCAUUGACAAGUUUGGACGGUACCCGCAUCGGAACCAGGCGCUUGGAAGGGUUUCCACCCCGGAAGAGGUUGAGUACUUGGAAAAUGGUGGUGAGACUUUCACCUGA